AUGGCAGCAAACCAAAACCAGAACCUCAGAGGUCUCCAAUGGCUUCUGCAAACCCUCGAAUCAGGGGGCCUCAGCCUGCACAACAUCUCCUUCUACCUCUCCCAACCCACUUCAGGUUGCUACCAGGAAACAGAAAACUCCAUGAAAGUAGACGUUUCCAAGGACAGCAUCUUAGAUUUUUCUCACCUCCUCAUAAUGUUAGGAAUAGCCAAAAACUCCCAACCAUUGCUGCGAAACCUGGAAUUCCACCGGGUCGAAUGGGAAUUGGAGCAACUACAAAAUCUCAGAAUGUUGCUGGAGAAUAACUCUAGCAUCAAGCAGCUUGUAUUUCAGAGAAACAGAUUCAACAGGGUAUGCUUAUCAGAAUUAUCGAACAUUCUAAAAAGAAAUGCAGCAGUCAAAGAGAUAAUGUUCUCGGAAUCGGGCAUGGGCUCAGCCGGUGCAGGACUUCUAGCUUCUGCUCUCAUGGUGAAUGAGAGCUUGGAGGAGUUGCAGAUAUGGGAAGACUCAAUUGGAUCAAAAGGAGCAGAGGAGCUUUCGAAGAUGAUCGAAGUGAACUCGAGGUUGAAGAUGUUGACGAUCUUUGACUCCACCUCAAUCACGGCAACCCCUCUCAUAUCUGCAGUUCUGGGAAGAAACAGAGCCAUGGAGGUUCAUGUUUGGAGUGGAGAGAAUGGAGAAAAGACUUCUAAAGUGGUGGAAUUUGAACCUGAGAACAGCACAUUGCGAAUUUACCGCCUUGACUUUUCUGGGUCUUGCAGGGUCGCUUGCUCUCUUGGCAUGAACUCAACAGUCAAAUCGCUGGAUAUGACGGGAGUCCGGCUGAAGUCCCGGUGGGCUAAAGAGUUUCGGUGGGUGUUGGAACAGAACAGGAGCCUCAAAGAAGUGAACUUGUCAAGAACUUGUCUUAAAGACAAGGGAAUUGUGUAUGUUGCUGCUGGACUCUUCAGGAACCGGACCCUGCAAAGCUUGUAUCUUGAUGGGAACUGGUUUAGUGGAAUAGGGAUAGAACACUUAAUGUGUCCUUUGAGCAGGUUCUCAGCCCUGCAAAUCCAAGCAAACGUAACUCUCAAGUCAGUAACAUUUGGAGGGGGAAGGACAAAGAUUGGAAGGAAUGGGCUCACUGCCAUUCUAAGGAUGCUGACAACCAACCAAAGUGUGACCCAGCUGGGGAUCUACGACGAUGAAAGUUUAAGACCAGAUGACAUUGUCAAAAUAUUCAAGAGCCUGGAGAGGAAUGCCUCUUUGAAAUACUUGUCUUUGCAGGGUUGUAAGGGGGUUCGAGGAGAUUCGGUUGUGGAGACAAUUCUGGAGAUGUUACAGGUGAAUCCUUGGAUUGAAGACAUCGAUCUUGCGAGGACACCGCUGCAUCACUCUGGGAAGACAGAUGGAAUUUAUCAAAAACUGGGUCAGAAUGGAAAGGCUGAACCAGAACCAGAAAUUGAUGUUCUAAAGGACAUGACACUUACGGUACCCAAGAGCUGUCGAAUCUUCUUCUGCGGGCAGGAAUUUGCAGGUAAGACCACACUUUGUAAUUCCAUAUCACAGAAUUUCUCGACUUCAAAGCUACCCUACUUGGAUCAAGUCAAAACUCUGGUGAACCCAGUAGAGCAAGCUGUUAGAACAGGAGGAAUGAAGAUCAAAACACUCAAAGAUGAAGACACAAAGAUUUCCAUAUGGAAUCUUGGUGGUCAGCAUGAGCUCUAUUCCCUUCAUGAUCUCAUGUUUCCGGGACAAGGGAGUGCAUCAUUCUUCCUGAUUAUAUCCAGCUUGUUCAGGAAACCCAAUAACAGAGAACCUAAAACUCCAUCUGAGGUUGAAGAAGAUAUACAAUAUUGGCUGAGGUUCAUAGUCUCCAACUCCAGAAAAGCAGGCCAGCAAUACAUGCUCCCAAAUGUAACAGUAGUCCUCACACACUUCGACAAAAUCAAUCAAUCCUCACAAAACUUGCAGGCUACGGUGACUGCAAUUCAGGGGUUGAAAGACAAGUUUCAGGGGUUUGUGGACUUCUACCAAACAGCGUUCACCAUUGAUGCAAGGUCAUCUGCAUCGGUGAGUAAACUCACCCACCACCUUCGGAAAACAUGCAGAACAAUUCUCCAGAGAGUGCCUCGAGUCUAUGAGCUCUGCAAUGAUCUUACACAAAUUUUAUUAGACUGGAGAUCAGAGAAUUACAAUAAGCCAGCAAUGAGAUGGAAAGAAUUCAAUGAGUUGUGUCAAGUUAAAGUCCCAUUCUUGCGAGUUCGAUCAAGGCACGAUAAUAAAGAGAAGGUGGAGAAGAGGAGGCGGGCUAUUGCCACUUGCCUUCACCAUAUAGGAGAGGUGAUUUAUUUUGAUGAACUGGGGUUUCUGAUCUUAGACUCUGAGUGGUUUUGUGGGGAAGUUCUUGGCCAACUUGCUAGAUUAGACGUUAGAAAGCAAAGCUCAACAGAGAAUGGUUUGAUAACCAGGAAAGAGUUGGAGAAGAUACUAAGAGGAAGUUUGCAGAGUCAUAUUCCUGGAAUGGGUUCGAAGGUCUUUGAGAACUUGGAGGCCAGCGACCUUGUGAGGAUGAUGUUGAAAUUGGAGCUGUGUUAUGAGCAAGACCCAUCAAAUCCAAAUUCUCUGCUUUUGAUCCCCUCAAUUCUUGAAGAAGGGAGAGCGAGGCCACAGAGAUGGCAGCUGAGCACACCUGAAUGCCUUUAUGUAGGGCGGCAUCUCGAGUGUGAUGAUUCAAGCCACAUGUUCCUCACUCCAGGCUUUUUCCCCCGCUUACAGGUGCAUCUCCACAACAGACUUACUGAUUUAAAGAACGAGCAUGCAGCAACUUACAGCCUUGAGAAAUACCUCAUUUCAAUAAAUAUCAAUGGUAUGCAUGUUAGAGUAGAACUUGGAGGGCAGUUAGGUUACUAUAUUGAUAUCCUCGCAUGCUCCUCCAAGAACUUGACAGAAACUCUAAGGCUCUUCCACCAGCUCAUAAUCCCAGCAAUCCAGAGCCUGUGCAGUGGUGUUACAUUGACUGAAAAUGUUCUCCGUCCAGAAUGUGUCAAAAAUCUAACACCCCCAAGAUAUCGGAAAACUCAGUUUUUCCCGCUGCAACGACUGAAACAAGCUCUACUCUCAGUCCCCGCGGAGAGCAUGUAUGAUUAUCAGCACACCUGGAGUCAAGUCUUAGACUCUGGUAGACCUAUUCUAAGUGCUGGAUUUGAUUUUGCUCGGAAUCUCUUAUCUGACGAUGACUUCAGGGAAGUACUACAUCGAAGAUACCGUGAUCUGUACAACCUCGCAGAAGAACUGCAGCUUACACCAGAAUACAGUACAGAGGAUGCAGAUCACACACUAUCAACCAGAGCAGAAUCUGAUACAGUUGAACCAACAUUUGGUGGACUUGCGAAGGGUGUUGAAAUGGUUCUGCAAAGACUGAAGAUCAUCGAACAAGAGAUCAGAGACUUGAAACAGGAGAUUCAGGGGCUGAGAUAUUAUGAACACAGGCUCCUGAUUGAGCUUCACCGCAAAGUGGACUAUCUGGUGAAUUACAAUGUGCAAGUCGAAGAAAGGAAAGUACCAAACAUGUUUUACCUUGCAAGAACUGAGAACUACACGAGGAGACUGGUCACCAACAUGAUUUCUGGGAUGACUGCGCUUCGGCUGCACAUGCUGUGCGAAUUCCGAAGGGAAAUGCAUGUUGUAGAAGAUCAGAUGGGUUGUGAAUUGAUGCAGGUUGAUAAUAGAGCAGUUAAGUGCUUGGCUCCUUACAUGACAAAGUUCAUGAAACUGUUGACAUUUUCUCUGAAGAUAGGAGCCCAUUUAGCGGCUGGGAUGGGAGGAAUGAUACCAGACCUGAGCAGGGAAGUUGCUCAUCUGGUGGACUCUUCUCUUUUAUGUGGAGCAACAGGGGCAGUUGCAGCAGGGGCUGUGGGCGCUGCAGCUGUUGGAAACAUAGCAGGUAGCAGAAGCAGAACUGCAAGGGACAUGCAGCAAGAUCAGAGAGCAGCACAGCAGUGGGUGAUGGACUUUUUGAGGGAGCGACAUUGCACAACUGGGAAAGAAAUAGCAGAAAAGUUUGGAUUGUGGAGAGUGAGAUACAGGGAUGAUGGGCAGAUUGCAUGGAUAUGUCAGAGGCAUAUGCACAUAAGAGCAAAUGAGAUUAUUGGAGUACCCAUUUGAAAUUGUCCAGAGACGAUGGGGAUAAACAAUGGAGGGAUUUCAUUUUCAUUUAUUUUUUCCCUUAUUCCCCAAGGCUCCAACCUCCAUUUUCCAUUUCUUGAUAAUUUUUAGUAUUCUCUUAUUGUAUCAUAUCAGGUCAAAGAAGUGCCUGGUCGCAUACAAGAAAUAUGGGCACAUAUGACUCGUUUAGUGAAAAAUAAAAAAUAAAAAAAAAAAUUCACUGCUGAAAGAUAUUAGCUUGUCGCCCAUGACAUUUAAUAGGAAAAAAUGGGAAGAAAGAACACUCAAUCUACAAAUUGAUGGUCUUGGGAUGGCACAUUUUCAAAACAAGCAGGUCUCUGACGCCCCAAAAAUUAAAAAUAAAAGUAACAAUUUAGCUCCGAUUCAUCAUACAUUAACAAAAAUAAAAUAAAAUCACUUGGGUCCCAAAGUAACAUGAAAAACAUUCCUGUGGAUGGAAAUAAGAGAAAGAGAGAUUAAAAAUCUUGCAGAUUUUGGACCUCAAAGUGAUAUGGCCAAAAUAAUGACAGAUGCUUUAAGAAUGAUACAACUUUUUGUCUUGAAUCAAUGCGUGGAUGUGGGACCCAGACAUCACCAUUAACUCUUAAUACAAUCCUCUAUAGCUAUAUCAAAUUCGAUAUCUCAAUAAUUGAGGAUUGGAAUCAGAACAAACAAAAGUAGUCAAGCUCCCAUUUCACAUCAGCAAUAGCUAGAAUCUGAAAAGAGGGAAGAUUAAACGGAAUAAUUCCAUAUAUACUGACAACAACAGAAACAGAACAAAGUCAUGGUUUCCCGUCAGCUAAAGCUUCUCAACAUAGAAGUAAAACACCAUACUAACUCAACACAUUAUUCCACUUUAGUACUAGCAUUAGUCUCAAUUCUAAAAUCUAGAGUCACCUGGGCGCCAUUUGAACCAGUGAAAAACAAAAGAUCAAAAGAAGGCUCUGCUCCCAUAAAACACUCGGGAGCCGGUGUUCUUCGAUGCCUGCAAUUUUUGAUCAGUGCUUGAAUUCCCAGAACUGGUUUGUCCACUUUCAAUGUCCAUAGGCAGCUUCAUUUUUGCCAAUGAUUCAGUAAAUUGCUGCAUACUUUUCAUGUACAUGUCCACAAUAUCUUGUUGCACAACUUUUUGCUCCUGUUCAACAUUCACAGUGAGAACCGGUUUGGCAAAUGCACUACUUGGCACCCCAUCAGAGGAAUUGCUCUCAACAUUUCCAACAUUUUCAUCCCUCUUCUCUUUUAGCUUAGAAACAUGCUCCUGGUCUGGAGAUUUUGAAGCAGCUGCAUUAUCAGAGGACUCGGAACUUGCAGGAAGAGAAGCAUGUGGAGGAGAACCAUUAGUUGAAACACUGCUUGGGGGAGAAUCAUGAGUCUCGAGUUGGACAGAGUUGACUGCACUCGCCAAGAAGCUUUCCACAACUUGAACACCUUGUUCUGAACUAAGCUGAUUUUCAUUGUCAGAAGAGACCAAGCUCUCAGAGCUUUGAGAGUCCAGGCUGGAACAUUGGAUACCGAUAUACUCCGAAACCAUCAAAUGGUUUUCAUUCACAAUCUUUGGGUCUGGGAACUCAAUCUUAUCGAAGUCACUGGGCUGUGGUUCAGUUAUUUCGGAAUCCUUUGCAGUUGCAUUUGUAGCAAGAGAUGGAGGCAUCCCAGGGAUUGCCAUUACCUCAGGAGAAGCCCCACUGUAUGAAAGAGAUAACUGAACAAAUCCAGCCGGAGAAUGGAAAAGAUCUGUGGAGGACAGAGAAAACUCCUUUUCUAACUUCCCAUUACUUAUGAGGACGUCCGAAAGAGGAACCAAAGCAAACCCCAAUAACUGGUCUUCAAGAUAAUUCUUCACCCUGCUCAGCAUCCAUAUCUCACACUUGAGGGAGGAAUCUAUUUUCCAGACAUUGAGCCGGAGAUUUUCAUUGAAUACAGGGUUCUUCCCACCCCCAUUAAUAAUUUGGGUGGAGACAGAUUUCUCAGGAUCACUGGUGAGGCAAAGUUUAGCAUAAACAUCUUGCUUAUGAUAUAUGCAGAUGUUAUGGAUGUCCCUAGCCUGAUGUAUGUAAACCUCAAGGACACCAAUGAAUCCAUCCAAGCCAUACACCGCAGCUUCCUUCCUUUGGACCUCAAUUCCCUUGGUCAAGCGACCAGAGUUGUGAACAAAAAGGUCAGAUCUCUGAUUCACAGGCUCAGAGACAAGUGAGUUCUUGAAUGGUGACACGACGGAUUGAGGGGAAUCCAUGAUAACCAGAAAUCAAACCUGAAAAAUAAAAAAGCAAAAAUGAACACAGUUGGAUUGAAAAUCAAGAUUAUGAAACUAAAACGCUAAAAUUAUAAGUCAAGAACCCGACCAAAGAUUCAAACUCAACAUGAGCAAGAGGUUAUUAUGAUUUCUACAACUCAAAAGCCCAACAGUUAAACCAAUCCCCAAAGCCUGAAUCAAAACCCUAAUUUAAAACUUAUUUAAAACACUUAGCAAAACCAUGAGCAAAGACCCACAAAACAAAAUUUAAAGUCCCAUGCAGACUAAUAUGAUUAUUAGACCUCAAAACCACGCAAUAAAACCAUUCCACAUGCCCAAAACCUACCGGAGCUCAAAUAAAGCCAAAAUUCUCAGAACCCAGCAGCGAAAAUCUCAAAACAAGAGAGGCCGUUCAGAUGAGCACUCCAAAAACACAGAAGCCAAACUGAAAUAUAGGCAAAUCCCAAAACUAAGAACCAACCCACAAGUCCAAAAUCUAGCUAAAGCUAAGAUGAGCACAAAUUUUCAAGACUCAAAAAACCAAAAGCCUCCUGUGAAACAUAAACUUUCACAUGAACU